AUGUCUUCAGUUGAAUUCCUGCUGUCUGUCCCCCUGGAAGCACCCACCAGCCCCCAGCCACCACCCCCCAGACACCAGCCCCCCCACCCACAAUCCACCAGCCCCCAUCCACCAGCCUCUAGCCACUCCCCACCAACCCCCACUCCACCAGGCACCCACCCACCACCAGGCCCCAGCUACCACCAGGCCCCACCCACCACCAGGCCCCAGCCACCACCAGGCCCCAGCCACCACCAGGCCCCAGCUACCACCAGGCCCCAGCCACCACCAGGCCCCAGCUACCACCAGGCCCCACCCACCACCAGGCCCCAGCUACCACCAGGCCCCACCCACCACCAGGCCCCAGCUACCACCAGGCCCCACCCACCACCAGGCCCCAGCUACCACCAGGCCCCACCCACCACCAGGCCCCACCCACCACCAGGCCCCAGCUACCACCAGGCCCCACCCACCACCAGGCCCCAGCUACCACCAGGCCCCACCCACCACCAGGCCCCAGCUACCACCAGGCCCCACCCACCACCAGGCCCCAGCCACCACCAGGCCCCAGCCACCACCAGGCCCCAGCUACCACCAGGCCCCAGCCACCACCAGGCCCCAGCUACCACCAGGCCCCACCCACCACCAGGCCCCAGCCACCACCAGGCCCCACCCACCACCAAGCCCCAGCCACCACCAGGCCCCACCCACCACCAGGCCCCACCCACCACCAGGCCCCAGCUACCACCAGGCCCCACCCACCACCAGGCACCACCCACUACCAGGCCCCAGCCACCACCAGGCCCCACCCACCACCAGGCCCCACCCACCACCAGGCCCCAGCCACCACCAGGUCCCACCCACCACCAGGCCCCACCCACCACCAGGCCCCACCCACCACCAGGCCCCAGCCACCACCAGGCCCCACCCACCACCAGGCCCCAGCCACCACCAGGCCCCACCCACCACCAGGCCCCAGCCACCAUCAAAUAA